AUGUCACCACCACCAGCUGCUGUUGAGUCUACCAUCAAUUUUGAAGGUCACCCUUCAAUAAAAAGCUCGCCAGAUCCUUUGGUUAAGAAAUUGAAUUUGAUCCCAGACACUAUUAUCAGACACAAUGCUCCACCACCAACUUUGUACGAAGACGGUUUGUUGGAAAAAGGUACCACAAUUUCCUCAACCGGUGCCUUGAUGGCUUAUUCUGGUAAAAAGACUGGUAGAUCCCCAAGCGACAAGAGAAUUGUUGAAGAGGAAACCUCGUCUCGGAAUAUUUGGUGGGGUCCAGUUAAUAAACAAGUUGACGAGUUAACUUGGAAGAUUUCAAGAUCAAGAGCCUUGGACUAUUUGAGAACUAGAGAAAAAUUGUUUGUUGUUGAUGCUUUUGCUGGCUGGGAUCCAAGAUAUAGAAUCAAGGUGCGUAUUAUUUGUGCAAGAGCUUAUCAUGCAUUGUUUAUGACCAAUAUGUUGAUUAGACCAACAAAGGAGGAGUUGGAAAAUUUUGGCGAACCAGAUUUUACAAUUUACAAUGCUGGUCAGUUCCCAGCAAAUGUUCACACUAAAGGUAUGACUUCAUCAACCUCGGUUGAAAUCAAUUUCAAAGAUAUGGAAAUGGUUAUAUUGGGUACAGAAUAUGCUGGUGAAAUGAAGAAGGGUAUUUUCACCGUUAUGUUCUACUUGAUGCCAAUUAAACACAAGGUUUUGACUUUACAUUCGUCAUGUAACCAAGGUGUCGAAAAGGGAGAUAUUGCCUUGUUCUUUGGUCUUUCAGGUACCGGUAAAACAACUUUAUCUGCCGACCCAAAUAGAAAGCUUAUUGGUGAUGAUGAACACUGUUGGAGUGAUAACGGUGUUUUCAACAUUGAAGGUGGUUGUUAUGCCAAAUGUUUGGACUUGUCAGCAGAAAAGGAGCCAGAAAUUUUCAAUGCAAUCAAGUUUGGCUCUAUUUUGGAGAAUGUUGUUUAUAACCCACUUACUAAAGUUGUUGAUUACGAAGACUCGUCUAUUACAGAAAAUACCAGAUGUGCUUACCCAAUCGACUUUAUUCCAUCUGCCCAGAUUCCAUGUUUAGCUGAUUCUCAUCCUAAGAAUAUUAUCUUGUUGACAUGUGAUGCUUCAGGUGUUUUACCUCCAGUGUCUAAAUUGACAAAUGAACAAGUGAUGUACCACUUUAUUUCCGGUUACACAAGUAAAAUGGCUGGUACAGAAGAAGGUGUUACUGAGCCGGAAGCUGUCUUUAGUGCUUGUUUCGGACAACCAUUUUUAGUAUUGCACCCAAUGAAGUAUGCUAAGCAAUUGUCUCAAAAGAUUACAGAACACAAGGCUAAUGCAUGGCUUUUAAACACUGGAUGGGUUGGUGCAUCCGUUAAGAGUGGUGGUAAGAGAUGUCCUCUUAAGUACACCAGAGCUAUAUUAGCUGCCAUUUUCAGUGGAGAGUUGGAGAAGGCUGAAUAUGGUACAUUUGAAACUUUCCUGUUGAAGAUACCUAAAACUUGUCCUGGAGUACCUGAUGAAAUUUUGACACCAAGUGUUGAUAAGAAGGAAGUGCUUCUUCUUGCUCAGAAGUUUAUAGAAAACUUUAAAAAGUACACAGAUGAAGCUACAGAAGAGGUGAAAAAUGCUGGUCCAACUUUAUAA